AUGGCGCGAUGUCCCCAGCACGGGCCACGGUUGUACGUGGUGAUGGAGGCUGCAGGUGGCGGAGACCUAUGCGCCCACGUGCUGUCGAGUCGCGGUGGCGGUACGACGCGAGGCUUGCCGGAAGGAAGGGCGCGAGCAUUAGCAGCGCAGCUGGUUUCUGCAGUGAAGCACAUGCAUGCCAGAGGCGUUGUGCAUAGAGAUCUAAAAAUGGAGAAUAUCAUGCUGGACAGUACAAAACAGUUUAUCAAAAUUGUUGAUUUCGGCCUGUCUAAUGUGUGGCAUGCAAGCGGCGCUCUCCGUACACCGUGCGGCUCACUGGAGUACGCUGCGCCGGAGUUGUUUGUGGACGGACGUCGAUAUGGACCUGAAGUGGAUCUCUGGAGCAUCGGCGUGAUUGUGUACGGAAUGGUAACUGGCAGUUUACCGUUUACUGAUGCAGAGAAGGAGGGCCAGUCCCGACCGCAGCUCCGCGCCGCCAUAGCUCGGGGAUUCACCAGAAAACAACGCACGGCGUUGGCUUGCGUAUCCAGUGAAUGUAAGACGUUUAUUCAGCAUCUGCUUGAACCCAACGUAGAACUGAGGAAUGAAGAUAGAGGAAGCCGCAAGGCACCGCUGGAUAAGAAAACCUGGAAUGAGGAUGAAAACACAUCCUCUUGCCGCUCCAGAGGCCAAAGUCAAUCGCGAGUAUCCGAGCUCUGCGGUCAAACGAAAAUUGACGUAAUCACACAAAUAAAAGCUGACCCUUUUGGUCCGAUAGCGGGCAUAUACAAUAUAAAGACCCACUUGCACCAAAUGCACGCAGUCGCCGGCACCGACAUGCUCUGGUCCACAAACACAGUCGAGCCUGCACCAGUAACGCCUCCAGAGUACAGAGCUAAGACUGAACAAGAGGCUACCACCAGUAACAGAAGAUUUAUCACCACUCCAUCGCCUUCACGGGCUUCUAAAAGUCCAAAUAGGAGAAUGUCAACAGUGCCUCUCAAACCGCCUGACCCGAAACUAUGCAUGGUUGGACCCAGACCUAACGGAACUGUAGUUAAGAAAUCUCUAAUUAGUGAGAAUACGAGAGAAGUUUCGAGACCAAAUUUAGACGAAGGGAAGGUUGUAGAAAAACAGAAAACGUGUAACGAACCAAAGAAAUAUCAAACGAAUCAAAGUCCAAGAAGAGGGAGUCUAUCGCAUUAUGUAUCAAAGAAGUCAAUUGCAGUGUACGAUAGUGGGGACUGUACAUUAAGUUCUAGGUUACCGAGAAUCAACGAACAUUCCAAUACAGAUCUAAGCGACACUAAAAUAAAGUCGAGAGGGUUCUCGAGAUCUCCCAGCGUACGGAAAUACAACAUUCAAAGCGAAAGAAUUAACAGCUAUACAAACAGCGGUGGUGAAUUCAAGAGAUCACAGUUUUACAGAAAAGCAGGGGACGGAUUACCAAGGCAAGUAUUAAGAAGAAGUUAUUUAAUAAAGAUUAAUAUCUAA